AUGGAACAGCAGUCAUCGACAUCGAAAGUGACAGUCCAGUACUUUGAUCCUCACGAUGUGUACAAGCUGCUCGCCCCUGGUCUAGUUCCUCGAUUACCAUUGCAUCAUCUUCACUGGCAGUCGCAUGCUGGACCUCUCCGAUCCAUCGACACCUUGCAUGUGGACUUGGUGCCAGGAGAUGCCACACCGUCGGCCGAACCCGCAGCUUCCAAUUCAAGGCGGUCAACCAUUGUCUCGCGUGACGAUGGCUUCCAGACCCAACAAGUAGGUGGUCAACCUGCUUCGACCGAAAACGAUGAUAAGCAGACUGCUGUGACCAAGACGUCUUCGUCCGGCCAGCGGCGCCAUCAGAUUCCCGGCUUGCGCAGCACUCCCUAUCUCAAGGUGCUCCUCGUGCGGUGCGACGACAACGAUUCCUACAAGGCCACCGUAAGAACAGAGAUUCGAGAAUGGAUCAAGGAACACACGCCGCCGUCGAGCUCAUCAAAAAAGGCUAGCAACCAGGAGAAGCACGAUGCUUUUGAGUGGCUCAUACUGCAUGUCGUCAUCCCAAACACGACGGCUGCCACCCAACCCCGAAGCAGCGGUAGCAAGGGUGAAAGCGGUUCCGCAGAUAAGACGUCCACCGCAUCCCGAUGGAGAACAGGGUCUACGCCGUUGAUGGAAAAGCUCCGAUCGGAUUUCAACUCGUCCAGCAAAGGGACCCCGGACCGCGUUGCCCAGAUCCGCAUUGGCAUCAACGAUGUUCCAUACGACCUAUUGCCGAGGGUGGUCCCCGCUGUGCCGUCUGGCUACUCGGAGACAGAGCAAGAUGCUGCGAAUGCAUGGAACGAGUUGAUGGGAAAAUUCAAGACCUUGAUUCUCAGCUCUUUUGACAUGAGAGUGACUCAGUAUGAGGAAGAUAUCAAAGAAAGGGACGGACAAAGAAGUCUACCGGGCUGGAAUUUCUGUACAUUCUUCAUCCUGAAAGAAGGAUUGGCAAGAGGCUUUGAGAAUGUCGGUCUUGUCGAGGACGCUCUCGUCGGCUAUGACGAGCUCAGCGUUGGGCUUGACACUGUCCUUCGUGAACAAGCCGAGAGCGGAGCGCCAGAGAAACAUGGAGGUGCCUUGCUGACAUAUACGGAGGAACUACAAAAGACAGCCAGACAAGCUCUGGUGGAUCUUUCUGGUGAUGGCGGCGACGAUGAGGCGGAAGAUCUGCAAAAGCAAGAAACAGCCAGCACGGACGUCCAAGACAUCCCUAUCAGCUCGUCGAAAAAAGCCUACCGGGAUAUGAUUCUAGCGAAUAAGGUAUCGGUGUUUGACUUUAGAUGCUACAUCUUCUCUAGACAGCUGUCAUUGCUCCUGCGCUUGGGAAACGCGUCGGCUACGAGAGAAGAGCUGUUGGCAAAGUUGAAGGACCAGCAUGAUUCUAUUCUCCACGGCGUAGCGCCCCUUUUACCGCCCAUGAAUAAUGAUGACGGGCUGGAGAACUUGGCCAUGCUCUCCGAAGUGUGCCGACGGACGUUGGAAUUCAUUCCGUCUAUUUCUCAAGUCAUGCGCCAGGAUAUCACCGCCUCAUUGCUGAACAAUGCCAAUUCUAAUACCGGAGGGGACACGCAGCUAACAGCCUUGGAUCCGUUGCUGCUAGAAACGAUAGACAACAUGAUUGCAUCGUUCGCAUUUACAGUUGCGCAACAAAUUUUGACACAAACGUCGACGAAAGCAUUGCCCAUCCUGCCAACAAUUUUGGCUAUGGAUGACGGAUCGGAGCAAAAGUCGUCUAUUCCAGAGCCAAAGACCAUGCUACACCCCGCUAGAUCUUCCUCGUUGCAUGUGCAGACCUCUCCUAGACCACCGCCUAGUCCUGGAUUCCCUGGUCCGAAUAGGCAGUCAAGCUUUGCCGAGUCUGAAUCCCAAAACUCAUCCUUCAACAAACUGGGGUUGGAAGAGUUGGCGGCUCGACGGGCAGAGUUAUACAUGCUGUCAAGAAGCAUAUUGGAGGGACUGGGAAACAAACGAAGUUGGUCUAAUGGAUGGGAUGAGGCACCGGUGGUCGGCGAACCAGGCUUGGACGGCUUGGAAGAUAUUAACCUAGAUGACGAUGACGAUACCAAGCCCAGAGAAACGCCUGGUGACAAGGCUGCUGCACCAUCAAGUGCGGGAAUUGACAAUAUCGUCCUACGAACCGCUAGCGAUAACACAGACGACUUUUACCGCCUACAUGAAAUUCUGACCCGCAGAGCCAUGCAGGACUAUUCAGUUGCCAACCACGACCAUGCCGUUCAGUCUUGUACAGCCGACUUGGCUGUUCUCAAGGUUCACAUGAAGGAAUACAAGGCUGCUACGAGAGACUUUGAGCGAGCAACACCAUUUUUUGGGCGCAACGGCUGGAGCCUCUUGGAACUAUCCCUGCUAAUCAUGUAUUGCCGUUGUCUGAGUGAGCUGAGAUCAAACGAUCGCUUUGUCGAUGUUGCGUUGACCUUGCUAAUUAAGUCCUGUGCGGCUGAAAGGGAGAGGAGGGAGCAACGGCCAGUGUUGGGGAAAGUGCAAAAACCUAAUGUCCACAAUGACUCUCCUGUUAGGGAAGUUGCGGCCAAGCUCUUCGCUCUAGCAUCGGAGCCUUCAUCCCCGGUCAAGGUUACAUUGGCAAGCUUUGUCAUGGAUGUUUCAUUAGAGGGAACACCGGUGUACCACGAUGGCAAGGACGGGUGCUCGUUGAACAUUUCACUCAGAAGCCUCUUGCCGGAAAAAUUACCGGUGGAUUCAGCGAAAUUGAGACUAACAUGUAUUGACGGCGGGCCUUGCAGAGAUAUCAACUUGGAAACCAAAGGAGAUGUCAUUCUUACUCCGGGUAGGAACACCAUCUCUGUUGAGUGUAACUCCGUCGUUCCGGGAAGAUAUCGAGUGAGCCGGCUGGCUCUGGUGUCGGGCCAACUGUUCCUGCACCAUGAGCAAGACGCCAACACGUUGUCCCCUCGAAGCAGCAAUAUUUUCCGGGAUCCCGAUGUUACCUUAUUCCAACGUACCAGUGCUUUGGACGCGCAGCUCACAGCCAGCAAGCACAUCAGUCUUGGCAGAAACAAUGCACUUGAUCUUGUCGUCAGCUCCGGGUGGAACACAUUGAAGAGCUGCGAUGUGAAAAUCCGACCAACAACGGGUGGUCUUCGUCUAUUAACAACGGAGGCCAAGUUGGUAGACGAGUCUAUAAAGUUCGCGAAACCUCCAGAAGCCGGUGCCGUUUUCUUCGGACCGAUGGACGCAGGCUCAUCCAUUACCGUGCGAUUCCCAUACUCUAUCGAACAAGACCUGGGCGAUGUGUCGGUAAGGGUAGAGGCGACAUAUGAGACAACAUCCGGCGGAUCAUAUUAUCUGGCAAAGUCCAUCAUGGUGCCAGUGUCACUUGCUGUGGGGGUGAAUGUACAAGAUGUGUUCAAGCAAAAGGAGUUGUUCUCACGGUUCAACGUCGAAACAGCAUCAUCCAGCCCUGUGCGACUAUUCAAGAGCGAGCUUGUGGAGUCGGAGCUGUUUGAGACCUCUUUUGGCAUCCCGCCAGCGAGCAGCGUCAUGGUUUUCCCAAAGCAGCACGCUACACUACUGUAUAAAGUCAAACGGAAGGAGGGGGCGAAAGUGGGUGCGCGAGCCGGCAGGACACUGCAGCUCAAGUUAUACUACAGCGUGCUACAGACGGAAAUAGAGGAGCUGAUACAGUCGUCAGUGCUAGAGGGCCUCAAGGGUACACCGCUCGAGUUGUACUCCAUGGUCACGGUGGCACGUGUGCUGGAAGAAACAAGAAACGGGCUACAGGCGCACGACCUAGAACGAGCAGCACUGGUUGGCCAAGUCACGACUUCGUAUCUCGAAAACGUCCCGUGGGCACAUUACCUGCGCGGGCUCGGCUCCAUACCCGGCACGACGGACGACGCAACAGCAAGAUUGGCCGAGUUCCUCGACGACUGGCAGAAGAAGCACGCUCGCAUGACCAUACCAACACGCACCCCAUUGGAGCCAUCGUCGCUCACCAUCCCAGUUGAGAUCCCGUCCCUCUCCGUCGUACACACGGCCGACAUGCGCAUCGACCACUCCCUCCUCGACCACCUGGCUGGUUCUCCCUCGGCCGGCCCUCCCGCCGCCUCCGUGAACCAGGUGCUCCCCACGACGCUUCAUCUCAAAUGGACACGCAUCUGGGACACAGACGCCGUGGCCCGCGAAGACGAAGAGUUCAGCUAUGAAGUCACGGCCCCCAGCGACGCUUGGUUGAUUGGCGGUCGUCGAAAGGGCCACUUUGUGAUACCAGGCGGCAAGACACCCAGCGCCAUGUCCUCAACCGCAGAGACGGAAGCCGAAAUCCCGCUUGUCCUCAUCCCCCAGCGGGAGGGAUACCUGCCAUACCCAGCCGUGGAAAUUAAGGAAGUCCCAUCAACAGACGGCCGAGUCCCACCCCCAUGUGAAGUCGACUUCAGAAACUUAGGAGAAACGGUGAGAGUCGUCAGCGAGCGCAAGAGCGUAACAGUCAGCCUAGACGCCAGUGGUCCAGGCGGCGGACCACUGGUCUUUGAGACGGAAGGAUUGCAUAGACAAAAGGGCAGGAUAGUAGCGUAA